AUGUUGUCUGAAACUCUGAUGGGACAUCCAGAUGGAGGUGCCCAGCAGGCAGUUUGGGAUGUAGGACCAGUGUUCAGAGGAGAGAUUGAUAUUCAACAUUUACUCUUCCCCAUGAUCCUAGUAGGCAAACAGCCAGGAGCCCUGGCCCAGACUGCUAGAAAGGAGGGGCAGCUCUCUCAUCACCAGCACCAUGCCUGCCUGAGAUCACUCAUGAAGCCCAAAAUCAUCAAGAAGAGGAUUAAGAAGUUCAUCUACCUCCAGUCAGACCAAUAUAUAAAGAUCAAGAGAAAUUGCCGUAAACCAAGAGGCAUUGACAACAGAGUGAGAAGACAAUUCAAGGGCCAGAUCUUGAUGCCCAAUAUUGGUUAUGGAAGCAAUAAGAAGACAAAACACAUGUUACCUAGUGGAUUCAGGAAGUUUUUGGUGCACAACGUCAAAGAGCUAGAAGUGCUGCUGAUGUGCAACAAAUCUUACUUUGCUGAGAUUGCUCAUAAUUUUUCCUCAAAGAAUCAGAAAGUCAUAGUUGAGAAAGCAGCUCAGCUAGCCAUCAAGAUCACCAAUCCAAACACUAGACUGAGGAGUGAAGAGAAUGAGUAA